UUCCUGAGUACAGGCGACCAGUCAGCCAAGGGAAACUAUGGUCUGUUGGACCAGAUCCAAGCCCUGCGUUGGCUCAAUGAGAACAUCGGCCAUUUUGGGGGCGACCCUGAACGCAUCACCAUCUUCGGCUCUGGGGCAGGGGCGUCCUGCGUCAACCUGCUCAUCCUCUCGCACCACUCCGAGGGUAAGGGGCACACUGGUGGGUCACAUUCUUAUUUGAUUUGAUUUGACUUGAUUUGAUGUACUUCUCAGUCUACUUACCCCUUGCCUGGUAGAAUAAGGAUCAUUAAAUGAACUAUGUGGUUACUCAAAAGGGUAGGUUGGUUGAAAGUGAGUUCCCAGGGUACCAUUACUCAACAAAGGUUUGAUAAAAUAAUAUAAUAAAAUAUACUACAAUAUACUUUCAGUAUUCUUAAUCUGGUAGAAUAACAUCAAAUGUACAAUAUUCGUAUUCACUGGAAGAGUAGGGGAUAGAUUGGUCUAUGGUCAUUCUAUGGAAAAGUUAGGUGUAUCCAAUUGUCUUGUGGGUAGAUUGUACCAUCACUGAAAAGUAUAUUCAAUUUUCAUUCAUACUCUCUGUCUACGUACCUGGUUGAAUCAUAGUAAAUGUGAAAUUGUUUAAAUUGGGAGCAAUGUGCUCCAAUGACCUGCAGGGAAACCUCGACACACACUCUCAUGCUUUGAUCAUAGCUAUUACACUACCAGGUAUACUCUGAUCCCUCUGUCUUCACCGCUCUGCUAGAGAGAGAGCGAGAGAGAGAGGGGGAGAGGGAGAGAGAGAGAGGGAGAGAGAGAGGGAGAGAGAGAGAGAGAGAGAGAGAGAGAGAGAGAGAGAGGGGGAGAGAGAGAGAGAGAGAGAGAAAUUCAAAAGGAAAUGAUCUCAACUGAGAAAAAUGUCCUCCUGUGUGCUACCUAUAUCCCCCCACUAGAAUCCCCAUACUUUAAUGAAGACAGUUUCUCCAUCCUGGAGGGGGAAAUCAAUCAUUUCCAGACCCAGGGACAUGUACUAGUCUGUGGCGACCUAAAUGCCAGAACUGGACAAGAACCUGACACCCUCAGCACACAGGGGGACAAACACCUACCUGGAGGUGACAGCAUUCCCUCCCCCAUAUGCCCCCCUAGGCACAACUACGACAACAUAACCAACAAAAACGGGUCACGACUCCUGCAGCUCUGUCGCACACUGGGUAUGUACAUAGUCAAUGGUAGGCUUCGAGGGGACUCCUAUGGUAGGUACACCUAUAGCUCAUCUCUUGGCAGUAGUACUGUAGACUACUUUAUCACUGACCUCAACCCAGAGUCUCUCAGAGCGUUCACAGUCAGCCCACUGACACCCCUAUCAGACCACAGCAAAAUCACAGUCUACUUGAACAGAGCAAUACUCAAUCAUGAGGCAUCAAAGCCAAAGGAACUGAAUAAUAUUAAGAAAUGCUAUAGAUGGAAGGAAAGUAGUGUUGAAACCUACCAAAAAACAAUUAGGAAACAACAAAUUCAAUCCCUUUUAGACAACUUCCUGGACAAAACGUUCCACUGUAAUAAUGAAGGUGUAAACUUGGCAGUAGAAAACCUAAACAGUAUAUUUGACCUCUCAGCUUUCCUAUCAAAUCUAAAAAUCUCUAACAGAAAACCAAAGAAAAGUAAUAACAGUGAUAAAUGGUUUGAUGAAGAAUGCAAAAACCUAAGAAAGAAAUUGAGAAACCUAUCCAACCAAAAACAUAGAGACCCAGAAAACCUGAGCCUACGCCUUCACUAUGGUGAAGCACUAAAACAAUACAGAAAUACACUACGGAAAAAGAAGGAACAGCAUGUCAGAAAUCAGCUCAAUGUAAUUGAAGAAUCCAUAGACUCUAACCACUUCUGGGAAAAUUGGAAAACACUAAACAAACAACAACACGAAGAGCUAUCUAUCCAAAACGGAGAUGUAUGGGUAAACCACUUCUCCAAUCUUUUUGGCCCUAUAAUAGAGAACAAACAGCAAAAAAAUAUACAUGAUCAAAUACAAAUCUUAGAAUCAACUAUUAAAGACUACCAGAACCCACUGGAUUCUCCAAUUACAUUGAAUGAACUACAGGACAAAAUACAAACCCUCCAACCCAAAAAGUCCUGUGGUGUUGAUGGUAUCCUCAAUGAAAUGAUAAAAUAUACAGACCACAAACUUCAAUUAGCUAUACUUAAACUAUUUAACAUCAUCCUUAGCUCUGGCAUCUUCCCCAAUAUUUGGAACCAAGGACUGAUCACCCCAAUCCACAAAAGUGGAGACAAAUUUGACCCCAAUAACUACCGUGGGAUAUGCGUCAACAGCAACCUUGGGAAAAACCUCUGCAUUAUCAUUAACAGCAGACUAGUUCAUUUCCUCAGUGAAAACAAUGUACUGAGCAAAUGUCAAAUUGGCUUUUUACCAAAUUACCGUACGACAGACCACGUAUUCACCCUGCACACCCUAAUUGACAAACAAACAAACCAAAACAAAGGCAAAGUCUUCUCAUGCUUUGUUGAUUUCAAAAAAGCUUUUGACUCAAUUUGGCAUGAGGGUCUGCUAUACAAAUUGAUGGAAAGUGGGGUUGGGGGAAAAACAUACGACAUUAUAAAAUCCAUGUACACAAACAACAAGUGUGCUGUUAAAAUUGGCAAAAAACACACACAUUUCUUUCCACAGGGCCGUGGGGUGAGACAGGGAUGCAGUUUAAGCCCCACCCUCUUCAACAUAUAUAUCAAUGAAUUGGCGAGGGCACUAGAACAGUCUGCAGCACCCGGCCUCACCCUACUAGAAUCUGAAGUCAAAUGUCUUCUGUUUGCUGACGAUCUGGUGCUUCUGUCACCAACCAAGGAGGGCCUACAGCAGUACCUAGAUCUUCUGCACAGAUUCUGUCAGACCUGGGCCCUGACAGUAAAUCUCAGUAAGACAAAAAUAAUGGUGUUCCAAAAAAGGUCCAGUUGCCAGGACCACAAAUACAAAUUCCAUCUAGACACCGUUGCCCUAGAGCACACAAAAAACUAUACAUACCUCGGCCUAAACAUCAGCGCCACAGGUAACUUCCACAAAGCUGUGAACAAUCUGAGAGACAAGGCAAGAAGGGCCUUCUAUGCCAUCAAAAGGAACAUAAAAUUUGACAUACCAAUUAGGAUCUGGCUAAAAAUACUUGAAUCAGUUAUAGAACCCAUUGCCCUUUAUGGUUCUGAGGUCUGGGGUCCGCUCACCAACCAAGAAUUCACAAAAUGGGACAAACACCAAAUUGAGACUCUGCAUGCAGAAUUCUGCAAAAACAUCCUCCGUGUACAACGUAAAACACCAAAUAAUGCAUGCAGAGCAGAAUUAGGCCAAUACCCGCUAAUUAUCAAAAUCCAGAAAAGAGCUGUUAAAUUCUAUAACCACUUAAAAGGAAGCGAUUCCCAAACCUUCCAUAACAAAGCCAUCACCUACAGAGAGAUGAACUUGGAGAAGAGUCCCCUAAGUAAGCUUGUCCUGGGGCUCUGUUCACAAACACAAACAGACCCCACACAGCCCCAGGACAACAACAACAACAACACAACUAGACCCAACCAAAUCAUGAGAAAACAAAAAGAGAAUUACUUGACACAUUGGAAAGAACAAACAAAAAAACAGAGCAAACUAGAAUGCUAUUUGGCCCUAAACAGAGAGUACACAGUGGCAGAAUACCUGACCACUGUGACUGACCCAAACUUAAGGAAAUCUUUGACUAUGUACAGACUCAGUGAGCAUAGCCUUGCUAUUGAGAAAGGCCGCCGUAGGCAGACCUGGCUCUCAAGAGAAGACAGGCUAUGUGCACACUGCCCACAAAAUGAGGUGGAAACUGAGCUGCAAUCCUAACCUCCUGCCAAAUGUAUGACCAUAUUAGAGACACAUAUUUCCCUCAGAUUACAGCGAUCCACAAAGAAUUCGAAAACAAACCCAAUUUUAAUAAACUCCCUUAUCUACUGGGUGAAAAACCACAGUGUGCCAUCACAGCUGCAAGAUUUGUGACCUGUUGCCACAAGAAAAGGGCAACCAGUGAAGAACAAACACCAUUGUAAAUACAACCCAUAUUUAUGUUUAUUUAUUUUCCCAUUUGUACUUUAACUAUUUGCACAUUGUUACAACACUGGAUUAUACAUAACAAUGACAUUUGAAAUGUCUUUAUCUUUUGAAACUUCUGAGUGCAAUGUUUACUGUUAAUAUUUAUUGUUUAUUUCACUUUUGUUUACUAUUCUACUUCACUUGCUUUGGGCAAGUGUGAACACACGUUUCCAUGCCAAUAAGCCUAAAUGAAUUGAAUUGAAUUGAGAGAGAGAGUGAGAGAGAAGAGAGAGAGAGAGAUGACGAGCGACUCGAGACGGAUCGAGGACUGGAUGAGUGAGGGAGAGUUGGAGGUGGGGAGGGAGAGAGAUGGGAGAGGAGAGAGAGAGGGAGGAAGAGAGAGAGAGAAGGAGGAGAGAGAGAGAGAGAGAUGAGAGAGAGAGAGAGAGAGACUCUCUUGUCGGUUAGUCUGUGAGAGGCCAGGGAUGUCACCGCAGCAGGUCUCAGGCAACACUGAGCUGCUCCUCCUCACUUGGCCCCUCCUCUACCUCUGACCUAUAUCAUAUUCUCCAUAAAAGGUGACUAGCUGCUUCUCAGAAUAUGGGGCUGUGAUCAGUGAAAAGAAAAAACAGGAAAUAGUAAAGGGAUGAAUAACAUCAUGAGAAAGUCCAUUUUGAUUUAACUCUUUAUUUGUCUUUAUAAGUGACAAAUACAAUACAAUCGUCAACUGCUGGGUACUUUACCCUUUAAGGCCACCUUAUUAGAAAUAACCAAAUCACUAAUAUACACAACAGAGAUCUAAGUUAAGAGAGGCCAAAAGAGGCAACUACUCCUGUGUGGCCAUUAAACAGUUGUGUUUUGACUUCUAACUCCUCCUCUCUAACCACACCCUUACUAGUGGAGUCUUUUGUUUAGAGAUGUAGCUAGCUAGCUAGCUAUAAAAAUGAACCAUAAUGCCAACUCAUAACGUUACUACCCUGCAUGAAUCUACAGGUAGGUAAAGCUUACCAACUAGUUAGGUUCAAUGUUAGUUAGCUAGCUAACAUUAGGCUAUAACUAGCAAUGCAAAUGGUUCUGAGAUAUGAAUAAUAUUACUACAUAGAUCAUACACAUAACGUUAGUAAGUGAGUCAGCCAGCCAGCUAACGUUAGCUAGCUAGCUAACAGUACAUUUUAACUUGCAAUGAAAACGACUUUCUGACUAAAUUAGAAACUUAUAAUAUCUGAAAAUGUAGCUAGCUAGACUCUCUUACCCGUAUACAUGGAUGAACGCUUCUCCCUCUCUGUCACGGAUGCCAUGGUUGCCCUUAGUUUGAAGAUGCAAUCCGGAGACAGAUGUUUUAUACAACAGCCUUCUGUGUAAGUUGACUGAGAACACAGAGAGAGAGAAAGGAGAUGAGAGGGUGUAUUGUAAGUGUUUCAAUCAUCACUCUGUGUGUCUCUGUGUCUGAAGAUCAACUUGACCGCCAUGCAGUAAUAACUUACAUUUCUGUGUGUGUGUGUGUGCGAGCAUGUGCGUGUGUGUGAGUGUACGCGUGUGUACAUGCAUGCUUUUGUGCGUGUGGGUGCAUGAAGGUGUGUGUGUUAUUCUAUAUGUGUGUGUGCAUGAGACUGUGAGUAAACAACCUGUACAGUAUGUCCUCUCCUCCCCUCACACCCUAUCCUUCAUGUCCUCUCCUCCCCUCACACCCCAACCUUCAUGUUCUCUCCUCCCCUCACACCCUAACCUUCAUGUUCUCUCCUCCCCUCACACCCUAACCUUCAUGUUCUCUCCUCCCCUCACACCCCAACCUUCAUGUUCUCUCCUCCCCUCACACCCUAAUCUUCAUGUUCUCUCCUCCCCUCACACCCUAACCUUCAUGUUCUCUCCUCCCCUCACACCCUAUCCUUCAUGUCCUCUCCUCCCCUCACACCAUAACCUUCAUGUUCUCUCCUCCCCUCACACCAUAACCUUCAUGUUCUCUCCUCCCCUCACACCCUAACCUUCAUGUUCUCUCCUCCCCUCACACCCUAACCUUCAUGUUCUCUCCUCCCCUCACACGCUAACCUUCAUGUCCUCUGUCAUCUCUCGUCUUGCCAUUGACUUGUCUCCUCUGCUGCCACUCACCAAUACAUUGCAACCUGACCUCUGUGCUGUCAAACCCAUGUUCGUCAUCAUCAUCGUCAUCUAACCCCAGCCCUCCAGACUACUCCUCCACCUGUCACUCAAAGCCCCCGGGCCGCCAGGUAAGGAACGCUGCCGCUCCCCUCGAAGAACGCCAAUCAAGUCAUCCCACCACUCAACAAAUCAACUGUGACAUGAUACACAUGAGUUUAUGGAGGAGAGGUGAAUGGGAGAGGAGGGGAGGGGAGGGGAAGGGGGGAUACAGAUCGUUAUGAUGAGAGAGGCGGAGGGGGGAGAUGGUGAGGAGAGGUAGAGGAAGGGAAUAUGCACUGAGAGAGGGAUAGAGUAAAGAAGUUAAUUGAUUGUUAUGAUUUAGGAUGAAAUGUAUAUGGUCCCUUUUGUCACUCGUCUAUUUCAGCCUUGAUCGCUCUCACUUCUCUCAGACGUUCUCACCCCACUCUUCAACUCCCUCUCCUUCUCUCCCCCCGCCCACCCUUUCUCUCUCUCUUCCUCUCUCUCUGUCUCUCUCUCUCUCCUCUAUGAGGAGUAAUGCUGAGGUAGCAGGUAGGGUUAGCUCGUGUCUGAGCGAUACUCUCCUUAAAAGACUCCCUGGGAAAAAAAAGAGGAUCUGCUCUGCGUCACUGCUUAAUAAUUCACCAGGAAUCUACAGGGGAGGAAAGGAGUGCGGAGGAAGAGAGCGAGACGAAGGAGGAAGACUAGGGAGGGAUGAGAGCUCCCUCCUGUAACGAGGCACCACAGUAGUUCGUUUUCACCACAGGACAGACGGAGAGAAAAAGAAAAGAGCGAGAGGGAGAGAAAUCUGUGGAAAAGAGGAAGGAAAAGUUGAUUUAAGAAGCAGACUGUGUAGUCCCCCAUUGAUUUACCAGUCUGGGCUGUAUCAUAUAAUUUAAAGUCUGAGACUGUUGGAGUUAGAAGCACAUUACUUUUUCUCUGAUUUGUUACAGUGAGGAAGAUAUAGGAAAUACAUAGACAAAUCUGUGUAGGGUAAAGGGAACAAACUUUUACAACCUAAGUAUUCUCAAUCCCUUCCCCAAGUCUGAACUUUUCAGGUUGUUGAAAGUACAAUAUUAACUUCUCUCUUCCGUAAAGAAAGGAGGCAAUGAGAGGAUUCCACAUUAGACUAUUGAGAUGCACCCAUGGCUGCUACUCUAGUAACCUAACAUGUUUAGCACACUUUGAUGAAAAAUGUCCGCUCACCUUUUCCUUACGUAUAGGAUCUUAUUUUUGUCCAGCUCUUGAUAUUACAUUGGAUGUUCAUAAAACCUCCUCCUUUCAGAUUCACUAGUCUAACUUCUUCCACUCUCUCUCUCCUCCAGGAUUGUUCCAGAGGGCCAUAGCCCAGAGUGGCUCAGCCAUCUCCAGCUGGUCGGUCAACUACCAGCCCCUGAAGUACACUAAGAUCCUGGCCCGGAAGGUGGGUUGUAGCCACUCAGAGACAGCAGAAUUGGUGGACUGCCUGAGGAAGAAGAACUUCAGGGAGCUGGUGGAUCAGGACAUCCAGCCGGCCCGCUACCACAUCGCCUUCGGACCCGUUGUGGACGGAGACGUGGUGCCGGACGACCCUGAGAUACUCAUGCAGCAGGUGGGUUGGGUGGAGGAAGGGUGUGUGUGUGUGUGUGUGGGUGCGUGCUUGUAUAUUAGUCACAGCUCUCUGACUGCAGAGACAGAGGUACUUUAUUGGUUGUGAUGAAAUCCCAAGCCUAGAUUGACCAAGGGUAAAAUGUAAAAAUAUAAAGGUUAUGAUAAGACAUUACUGUAAUUGUUAAGUGUAAUUGAAGACAGUUUCAUAUUUUAGGCUUUUUGGUGUUUAUUGCUCUUUUUAAGGUGCCCAAAGUGCUUUAAAUUUUAUGGGGCAGCACAACUCAUCUCAUCCACGUCUAAUGCAUUUAUGCACCUAACGUGUCCUUCCCUUUUUCUGCCACUAGGGGGAGUUCCUGAACUAUGACAUCCUGAUAGGAGUGAACCAGGGAGAGGGGCUCAAGUUUGUAGAUGACAGUGAAGACAACGAUGGGAUCUCAGCUGCAGCGUUCGACUACACCAUCUCUAACUUUGUGGACAAUCUCUAUGGCUAUCCUGAGGGUAAGGGUCUCUAUGUACCUAUAAAAAAUGUUCAUGUACAGCUUUUUAUAAAGUAUUGUGUAACAAUAUAAUGAGUCAAUAUACAGUACCAGUCAAAAGUUUGGAUACACCUACUCAUUCAAGGGUUUUUCUUUAUUUUUACUAUUUUCUACAUUGUAGAAUAAUAGUGAAGACAUCAAAACUAUGAAAUAACACAUAUGGAAUCAUGUAGUAACCAAAAUAGGGUUAAACAAAUCAAAAUAUACUUUAUACACUGCUCAAAAAAAUAAAGGGAACACUAAAAUAACACAUCCUAGAUCUGAAUGAAUGAAAUAAUCUUAUUAAAUACUUUUUUCUUUACAUAGUUGAAUGUGCUGACAACAAAAUCACACAAAAAUUAUCAAUGGAAAUCAAAUUAUCAACCCAUGGAGGUCUGGAUUUGGAGUCACCCUCAAAAUUAAAGUGGAAAACCACGCUACAGGCUGAUCCAACUUUGAUGUAAUGUACUUAAAACAAGUCAAAAUGAGGCUCAGUAGUGUGUGUGGCCUCCACGUGCCUGUAUGACCUCCCUACAACGCCUGGGCAUGCUCCUGAUGAGGUGGCGGAUGGUCUCCUGAGGGAUCUCCUCCCAGACCUGGACUAAAGCAUCCGCCAACUCCUGGACAGUCUGUGGUGCAACGUGGCGUUGGUGGAUGGAGCGAGACAUGAUGUCCCAGAUGUGCUCAAUUGGAUUCAGGUCUGGGGAACGGGCGGGCCAGUCCAUAGCAUCAAUGCCUUCCUCUUGCAGGAACUGCUGACACACUCCAGCCGCAUGAGGUCUAGCAUUGUCUUACAUUAGGAGGAACCCAGGGCCAACCGCACCAGCAUAUGGUCUCACAAGGGGUCUGAGGAUCUCAUCUCGGUACCUAAUGGCAGUCAGGCUACCUCUGGCGAGCACAUGGAGGGCUGUGCGGCCCCCCAAAGAAAUGCCACCCCACACCAUGACUGACCCACCGCCAAACCGGUCAUGCUGGAGGAUGUUGCAGGCAGCAGAACGUUCUCCACGGCGUCUCCAGACUCUGUCACGUCUGUCACAUGUGCUCAGUGUGAACCUGCUUUCAUCUGUGAAGAGCACAGGGCGCCAGUGGCGAAUUUGCCAAUCUUGGUGUUCUCUGGCAAAUGCCAAACGUCCUGCACGGUGUUGGGCUGUAAACACAACCCCCACCUGUGGACGUCAGUCCCUCAUAACACCCUCAUGGAGUCUGUUUCUGACCGUUUGAGCAGACACAUGCACAUUUGUGGCCUGCUGGAGGUCAUUUUGCAGGGCUCUGACAGUGCUCCUCCUGCUCCUCCUUGCACAAAGGCGGAGGUAGCAGUCCUGCUGCUGGGUUGUUGCCCUCCUACGGCCUCCUCCACGUCUCCUGAUGUACUGGCCUGUCUCCUGGUAGUGCCUCCAUGCUCUGGACACUACGCUGACAGACACAGCAAACCUUCUUGCCACAGCUCGCAUUGAUGUGCCAUCCUGGAUGAGCUGCACUACCUGAGCCACUUGUGUGGGUUGUAGACUCCGUCUCAUGCUACCACUAGAGUGAAAGCACCGCCAGCAUUCAAAAGUGACCAAAACAUCAGCCAGGAAGCAUAGGAACUGAGAAGUGGUCUGUGGACACCACCUGCAAAACCAGUCCUUUAUUGGGGGUGUCUUGCUAAUUGCCUAUAAUUUCCACCUGUUGUCUAUUCCAUUUGCACAACAGCAUGUGAAAUGUAUUGUCAAUCAGUGUUGCUUCCUAAGUGGACAGUUUGAUUUCACAGAAGUGUGAUUGACUUGGAGUUACAUUGUGUUGUUUAAGUGUUCCCUAUAUUUUUUUGAGCAGUGUAUAUUAGAUUCUUCAAAGUAGCCACCCUUUGCCUUGAUGACAGCUUUGCACACUCUUGGCAUUCUCUCAACUAGUUUCACCUGGAAUGCUUUUCCAACAGUCUUGAAGGAGUUCCCACAUAUGCUGAGCACUUGUUGGCUGCUUUUCCUUCACUCUGCGGUCCAACUCAUCCCAAACCCUCUCAAUUGGGUUGAGGUCGGGUGAUUGUGGAGGCCAGGUCAUCUGAUACAGCACUCCAUCACUCUCCUUCUUGGUCAAAUAGCCCUUACACAGCCUGGAGGUGGGUUGGGUCAAUGUCCUGUUAAAAAACAAGCAAGUCUCUUCUUAUUAUUGGUGUCCUUUAGUAGUGGUUUUUUUGCAGCAAUUUGACCAUGAAGGCCAGAUUCACUCAGUCUCCUCUGAACAGUUGAUGUUGAGAUGUGUCUGUUACUUGAACUCUGUGAAGCAUUUAUUUGGGCUGCAAUUUCUGAGGCUGGUAACUCUAAUGAACUUAUCCUCUGUAGCAGAGGUAACUCUGGGUCUUCCUUUCCUGUGGCGGUCCUCAUGAGAGUCAGUUUCAUCAUAGCGCUUGAUGGUUUUUGCGACUGCACAUGAAGAAACUUUCAAAGUUGUUUAAAUGUUCCGGAUUGACUGACCUUCAUGUCUUAAAGUAAUGAUGGACUGUCAUUUCUCUUUGCUUAUUUUAGCUGUUCUUGCCAUAAUAUGGACUUGGUCUUUUACCAAAUAGGGCUAUCUUCUGUAUACCACCCCUACCUUGUCACAACACAACUGAUUGGCUCAAACGCAUUAAGAAGGAAAUAAUUUCCACAAAUUAACUUUUAAGAAGGCACACCUGUUAAUUGAAAUGCAUUCCAGGUGACUACCUCAUGAAGCUGGUUGAGAGAAUGCCAAGAAUGUGCAAAGCUGUCAUCAAGGCAAAGGGUGGCUGCUUCUUGGGUAAAUCUCAUAAGAGCUUUCCACACCUGUAUUGUGCAAUAGUUUCCCAUUAUUCUUUUCAAUAUUCUUCAAGCUCUGUGAAGGUGUUGGGGAUCAUGGCUAGAUAGCAAUUAUCAAGUCUUGCCAUAGAUGUUCAAGCAGAUUUAUAUCCAAACUGUAACUUGGCCACUCAGGAACAUUCACUGUCUUCUUAGUAAGCAACCCCAGUGUAGCUUUGGCUUUGUUUUGUAGAUUAUUGUCCUGCUGAAAGGUGAUUUCCUCUGGUGUAAAGCAGACUGAAGCAGGUUUUCCUCUAGGAUUUGCCUGUGCUUAGCUCCAUCCCGUUUCUUUUCAUCCUAAAAAACUCUGUCUUUGCUGAUGUCAGGCAUACCCAUACCGUGAUGCAGCCACCACCAUGCUUGAAUUUAAGGAGGCAGUUACUCAGUGAUAAUAAUAAUAAUAUAAUAAUAUGCCAUUUAGCAGAUGCUUUUAUCCAAAGCGACUUACAGUCAUGCGUGCAUACAUUUUUGUGUAUGGGUGGUCCCGGGGAUCGAACCCACUACCUUGGCGUUACAAGCGCUGUGCUCUACCAGCUGAGCUACAGAGGACCACAGCUGAGGUACAGAGGACCACGAUGUGAUGUGUUGUGUUGGAUUCACACCAAACAUAAGGCUUUGCAUUAGGCCAAAAAGUGUAUUCCUUUGGUGUGUUUUUUAUGCAGGAUUACUUUAGUGCCUUGUUGCAUACAUAUGCAUGUUAUGGAAUAUUAAUAUUCUGUAUAUUUGUAUUCUUCUUUUCACUCAGUCAUUAUUGUGGAGUCACUACAAUGUUGUUGAUCCAUCCUCAGUUUUUUCCCAUCACAGCCAUUGAACUCUGUAGCUGUUUUAAAAUCACCAAAGGCCUCAUGGUGACAUCCCUAAGCAGUUUCCUUCCUUUCCUGCAGCUCAGUUCAGAAGGAUGACUGCAUCUUUGAUGUGUCUGGGUGGUUUAAUACAUAAUCCACAGCAUAAUUAUUAACUUGACCAUGCUUAAAGAUGUAUUCAAUGUCUGAUUUGUUAUUGUUACCCAUCUACCCAUCUACCUAUGUAUGGCGGACAGAGGAGCCAUUCAAAAAUCAUGUCAACCCAUAUUAUUUCACACAGAGUGAGUCCAUAUAACUUAUUAUGUGAUUGGUGAAGCCACAUUUUACUUCUGAAUUAAUCUAGGCUUGCCUAAACAAAGGGAGUGAAUACUUAUGCAACAACUAUAUUUAAUUGGUAUUAAUUUUUAAAGAUUUGUAGAAUUUUCUUUUCACUUUGACAUUAUGGAGUAUGUUGUGUCAAUUACAAAAAAGGACAAUUAAAUCUAUUUCAAUCCCACUUCGUAACGCAACAAAAAUGUGAAAAAAGUUCAAGGGCGUGUAGACUUUCUAUAGGCACUGUAUAUGACCACUAGAGAGGAACAGUGUUUCCCAAAGCCAAGUUAUUUGGUUUACUAUUUGGUAAAAUCUUCUAUUCAAACUUUAAUUCACUAACAUCUUUCAUUUUCUCUGACUCCUCCCUUUAUUUUCCCUCUCUUAACCCUCGCUCUCAAUGUAUCUUUCCCUCUCUUAACCCUCGCUCUCAAUUUAUCUUUCCCUCUCUUCCUUUUGCUUAUUAUCUCUCUACGUCUCUUUCUGUCCAUGUCUCAUACCUGAUCUUGCUCUCGUCUCACACCUCCCCCUCUCUUCCUCCCAUCCUCCCUCUCCUCCCCUCUAGGUAAGGACAUCCUAAGGGAGACCAUUAAGUUCAUGUACACCGACUGGGCCGACCGUGACAACGGAGACAUGAGGAGAAAAACCCUCCUCGCCCUGUUCACGGACCACCAGUGGGUGGCACCGGCGGUGGCCACGGCCAAACUGCACGCCGAGUUCCAGUCUCCCGUUUACUUCUACACCUUCUACCACCACUGUCAGACGGAGACGCGGCCGGAGUGGGCGGACGCGGCCCACGGGGAUGAGAUUCCCUACGUGUUCGGGGUGCCAAUGAUCGGAGCCACCGACCUCUUCCCCUGCAACUUCUCUAAGAAUGAUGUCAUGCUCAGUGCUGUAGUCAUGACGUACUGGACUAACUUCGCUAAGACCGGGUAGGUGGUUGUGGGUAGGUGGUAGGUUGGCAGGUGGUUGUGGGUAGGUGGUAGGUUGGUAGGUGGUAGGUGGUUGUGGGUAGGUUGUAGGUUGGUAGGUGGUAGGUGGUUGUGGGUAGGUUAUAGGUUGGUAUGUGGUAGGUUGGUAGGUGGUAGGUUGGUAGGUGGUAGAAGAUAGAGGGUGGGAAUGGUGUUUUGGUUUGUUCUCCCUCUUGAGGACUAUUUCAUUUAGGGCUCUAUUCAAUCCUUAGUGCUGAAGAUCCACUUUAUAGCGCGAUUGACAAUUCAUGGCAAUGUUCCCGCGGUCGCGGUGACUGCAUUCAGGGUAAACACUGCAUAUUUCGGCUCAAUCGGAAAUUACCAUAACAUUUUUAUGCAGAUCUUCCGUGAUACAGUACUUCGGUUGUACGGUUUGAAUCGAGACCCCCAUGUCUAUGAUUUGCAGCCCUAACAAGAGUAUCAUACUGUAUGUAAAAAGCUAAAUUCAAUUUCUUUUGAUUUUUAAUUUAUAAAAAAUUUAAUGUUUGCUUGUAUCAAAUUCAUGAGGUUAUUUAGCAGUGAAAUAUACACUGAGUGUACAAAACAUUAAGAGCACCCCCCCUCAGAACAGCUUCAAUUCGGGCAUGGACUUUACAAGGUGUCGAAAGCUUUCCACCGGGAUGCUGGCCCAUGUUGACUUCAAUGCUUCCCACAGUUCUGUCAAGUUGGCUGGAUGUCCUUUGGGUGGUGGACCAUUCUUGAUACACACAGGAAACUGUUGAGCGUGAAAAAUCGAGCAGCGUUGCAGUUCUUGACACAAACCGGUGCGCCUGGCACCUACUACCAUACCCCGUUCAAAGGCACUUAAAUAUUUUGUCUUGCCCAUUCACCCUUUGAAUGGCACACAUACACAAUCCAUGUCUCAAUUGUCUCUGCCUAAAAAUCCUUCUUUAACCUGUCUUCUUCCCCUUCAUCUACACUGAUUGAAGUGGAUUUAACAAUAAGAGAUCAUAGCUUUCACCUGGAUUCACCUGGUCAGUCUGUCACGGAAAGAGCAGGUGUCCUUAAUGUUUUGUACACUCAGUGUAUGUAUGUAAUAACUUAUCUAAAUUUGAUUGAAAUCACCUGAGUGAGAUUCAUUCUCUUUCCCCUCCAGAGACCCCAAUCUGCCAGUGCCUCAGGACACCAAGUUCAUCCACACCAAGCCCAACCGCUUCGAAGAGGUCAUCUGGACAAAGUUCAACUCCAAGGACAAGCAGUACCUCCACAUCGGCCUGAAGCCCCGCGUCCGAGACAACUACCGGGCCAACAAGGUGGCCUUCUGGCUGGAGCUAGUCCCUCAUCUACACUCCCUCCAUGAAGUCUUGAACCCCACCACUACCAGGCUACCUCCAGGCAGCACUCACCCCCCCGGGGGCCCCUGGAAGCCCAAACCCCGCACCACGGGCCACCCCUACCCCACCUUCCCCGACCCCGUGGAGCCCUACGGAUCAGAGCGGCCCAGACUGGAUCUCUUUCCCGGUGACACGCGGGAUUAUUCCACAGAGCUGUCGGUGACAGUGGCAGUGGGGGCGUCGCUACUCUUCCUCAACAUCCUGGCGUUCGCCGCGCUCUACUACAAGCGGGACAAGCGGCAGGAGAUGCGGCGCCACCGGCUGUCUCCACAGCGCCACGGCGGGCCCGCCAACGACCUGGCGCACAGCCAGGAGGAAGAGAUCAUGUCCCUGCAGAUGAAGCACUCGGAGCACGACCCCCACCACGACAUGGAGCCCCUCCGGCCCCACGACAUCCUGCGGCCCGCCUGCCCGCCCGACUACACCCUGGCCCUGCGGAGGGCCCCGGACGACGUGCCCCUCAUGACCCCAAACACCAUCACCAUGAUCCCCAGCACCAUCACCGGCAUGCAGCCCCUCCACCCCUUCAACACCUACCCCAGCACCGGCCACAACAACACCCUGCCCCACCCCCACUCCACCACACGUGUAUAG